UUUUUAAAAAGAUUUAUAAGGUGUUGGUCUCAUUUGAAGAGGAAAAAGGAAAAAAGAUAAAAGCAUUAACAUAUAGUCUUGGCUUUAAAUUUCUCCCUCCCCCACUAUCUGCAUGUUUAAAAGGGUAGAAAGUUUGGAGGUUGUUAAGACUUUUUCAAGUUUAGGGGCGGUUGUUGUUUAUUUGAUGGAAAAGGCAGUUUCCCAAAUAGGGAAAGUGGAUUCAUUAUGAGCAUGAUUGGCUUUAGCGUUUCAGACAAGGCAGCCAAAGAGAGUAGUAGCAUUGAAGCUGUUGAUUUGGGUGUGAAGCUGCAAAGUAGUAAAUUAUUAGCACCUUGGAAGAUGAUGAUGGUUCACCAUGAUAAUCAUCACCGUCCAUUUCCACCUUAUGCAAUUGGUAAUGGUGAUGCUGAUGGUCCCACAGGUAAUAACAACAGGCCUAAGGCCGGUGAUAUAUACGAUGUUUUUGCUAGCGGUGAUUCUGCUGCUGCUGCUAGUGGUGGUGCAGUUGGUGUAAGGACUCUGCAGCCUUUUGACAUUUCUCCCACUACAACCCUCACUGCUCACACCGCCUUCAAAUCCCCAGGAGGGAUGGCGGCAUCUUUGGAGUUUCCUUUUACAAGUGCACAGUGGAAGGAGCUUGGGAGACAAGCUAUGAUAUACAAGUACAUGAAGGCUUGUAUUCCUGUGCCCCCUGAUCUCCUCAUUCCCAUCACCGGAAGCACCUCAGUUCCAGUUGCUUCCCACUCGGCCUUGGGUGGUGGUGCUCUAAAUCUGAGGUUGUCAGGUAGAGGGGAUCUUGAGCCAGGGAGGUGCAGGAGAACAGAUGGAAAAAAAUGGAGGUGCUCUAGAGAUGUGGCGCCUGAUCAAAAGUAUUGUGAGCGUCACAUGCAUAGAGGUCGUCCCCGUUCAAGAAAGCCUGUGGAACUUCCUAACAAGAAGACCCGCCAUACCCAUACUCAAGCUCUUCCUUCAUCUUGCUCCACUAUUCUCACCAAGAAUGCUUCUCCAUCGCAGUUUGUUGGAACUCUUGCUCAGCCCUUCCAGCAGAAUAAGACCAGUUGUUUUCUUGAUAAAUCUAGCGAAAAAGCUGCAACAUUUUGGCCUGUGGCCUCUGUUUCUUCAUUUAAGGAACCUAGGAACUGGGACUGGAUUAUGAAUGAAGAACUCGUUUCCCUGGCUUCAUCUGACCAACAGUGGCAUCAUCUCAUGCAAAUAGGACCAACUACUACCAGUUCUUUCCACAAUGCUGAUAACUCCUCCGUUCUCAACCAAAAUUAUAACAAGGAACCUCUGAACUUGAAUUCAUACGCAAAUUUCAAUGCUGCAGAAAAUCAACAACGCAAUGGUUGCUCUUUGUUUUUCAACACUGAAAUAAUUCCACUAGAAAAGUUCCCAGAAGGUACUGCAAGAGGCUUUAUUGAUGCGUGGUCUACUGGUGUAUCAGAUGACGACAAUGCCAACUUUGGAGCUGAAACCUCUGUUUCCUCUGAUGGGAAACUCUAUCUUUCAUCACUUUCUCUCUCAGUGGGAGUCGAUAACAUCAGGGAUGAUGAGAUGGGUCCUAUUCAUGUGGGGUUAGGAACGAGCGAGUCUGAUCAGAACCAUGAAUAUGCUUCCAAAUCACACCUAUCAAGCGGGUUAGCCCCUGCCUCUUGGGCUGCUUCCACUCCUGGAGGCCCACUCGCUGAGGUUUUGAGGCCAAGCAUGACGGCAACCGCCGCAGCAGCUAUGGAAGGCAGCUCUAUUCCAUCAUCCCCCGUUACUGGAAAUGGAAAUUCUUGUAGUCUACCGCUGACUGCAGUGUCUUCACCAUCUGGUGUUUUACAAAGAACUCCUGCUUUAUUGUCUGAUAGCAGUGGAACUAGCAGCCCAACACUUGCCAGUUCAGGGGCCAAACCUGAGAUUGGUUUGAUGUGGCUUAAAGAGAAUUAGCACAUCAGCUUGUCGGAAUUGAACCAAAGAAUUUACUAGAAACGGAUUUUUUUUUUUUUGGUAUUUCUUUAAUUAAUUCUUAGUUGUUGGUUUAUGAUAUAUAUAUCCUGACUUGGUUUGUAAUAUUGAGCCAUAGCAUAGCAGCUGUUUUCUAAGAACUUAAAAGUAAUAUUGAUUUUGUGAACUUAAAAAGAAGAUAAUUUGUCCGAAAAUGUUGUUUUCGUUAUAUCAUGAAAGCUGGUAGUAGUAUCCUGAAUUUUGGAUCUUUGCAUGGAGGGCAAGAGAAAUGGUACCUUUCUGUUAUGAAGGUCCGACCUGUGACUUGGGAGUUUGGAAA